AGCUUUUUAAUUGGUCUCCGUGCGGCGGGACGGAUUCUCCUGACUACCCAUCGUUCUGGAUGAUGAUGAUGUUUAGAUGAGGUGAAGAAGACGUGAGCUGGACUUGUAAGCGUCCUUUCUGUCUCUCCUGUCUCUCUGACGCCAGGUCUCCUCUCAGGUGUGAAAACCUUCAGGAGUCCUGCUUUCCCUUUUUUUUGCCAUUCUGGAGGUGGAGCUGGACGUUUCUAUGGCGACCGCAGUGCAAAAGGCAGAAAUGUGUGAAGCUGCUCGGUGAGAGCGUCCGAGGACGGAACGGGAAGUCGGCCGAGUUCACCUUCAAAAUAAAACCCGCAGAAACAAAGAAGUGGAAGGUUGUUUAUAGAUCUAUUGCUUUUUUUGUUAUUUAUUGUGCAUUUUAGUUUCAAUAUAAAGAGGUUGAGCAUGAUUAAUAGCAGGUAAUGUGAGUCAACAGUAUUAAAGUUAUGAUAAUAAAAGAAAUUAGAGCAUUUGUGCUUCCAUAAACCUGUGAAGACUGGUUUCAGAGGUGUAGUUUAGUUUUAAGGGAUGCACUAAACAGAAGUUGCUCCUAAAGUAAUUAAAAUGGUGGUUUAAACAUAUUUAAUGCUUCUUUUAUUGGCUAUAAUUGUGGCGCUUGUCUCACCAUUACAACCAUGCUGGAAAAAAGCUUGUUUGCCUGAUAAUUCACAGGAUAAAAUCUUGGUGUUGCACGGUUAAAUGCACAUUUUUUUACAAUAUAUUUCAUCUAAUUUUAGGCUUAUUGUCCUUUGAUUAUUUUCAACAUGAAAUUAAAAGGAGCUGCUGAGCUUAAAACCCUGCACGAGUUUUUUUUUAUUCUAUUUAUUUAUUUUAUUUUGAAAAGCCCAGAAGGACCUGGGACUUCACUGUAUCUGACUUGACGCCUUAAAGCAGGAGCUGGUUGGAGCUGCAGGGACAGUUGAGCUGAGCUCGUCCACCCCAGAGGUCGGUGUUCGGAGGACGAAGAAGAAGCAGAAGAAGAAGAUCCUCUUUUCUGACUCUCAAUCUCUGCCUGAGGAACAUUUUUUUUUUGUUUUGUUUUGUUUUUUUACAAAAAGGGCUGCAGAGGUCGUCCUGCUUCCCCCGAGGGUUCGCCUGUAAAAGUUCACCCGUCAACCUUUGGGCGAGUGCUGGUCGUCUCCCGGAGGAUGGAGAAGUACGAGAAGAUCGGGAAGAUCGGAGAGGGGUCGUACGGCGUCGUCUUCAAGUGCAGAAACAAAGACACGGGGCAGAUCGUCGCCAUCAAGAAGUUCGUGGAGACCGAGGACGACCCCGUCAUCAAAAAGAUCGCGCUCAGGGAGAUCAGGAUGCUCAAGCAACUGAAACACGCCAACCUGGUGAAUCUGAUCGAGGUGUUCAGGCGGAAACGGAAGCUUCACCUGGUGUUCGAGUACUGCGACCACACCGUCCUCAACGAGCUGGACCGGCAUCCCAGAGGAGUCCCAGAGCUUCUAGUGAAGAGAAUAACGUGGCAGACGCUGCAGGCGGUGAACUUCUGUCACAAACAAAACUGCAUUCACAGAGACGUCAAACCGGAGAAUAUUCUCAUCACCAAACACCAAGUCAUCAAACUCUGCGACUUCGGCUUCGCCAGGAUUCUCACUGGUCCCUGUGACUACUACACAGACUAUGUGGCGACCCGGUGGUACCGGGCCCCGGAGCUGCUGGUGGGGGACACUCAGUACGGCCCGCCGGUGGACGUCUGGGCGGUGGGUUGUGUGUUCGCCGAGCUGCUGUCGGGGAUUCCUCUGUGGCCCGGGAAGUCCGACAUGGACCAGCUGUACCUGAUCAGAAAGACUCUCGGAGAUCUGACCCCUCGACACCAGCAGGUCUUCAGCAACAACCAGUUCUUCUGUGGAGUUUCUAUCCCAGAGCCACAAGAGAUGGUGAGACAACACCUAGAAUGUCAGUUCAAAUCAGGAAAGAGACUCAUGAAAAGUCUUCGUUUCCGGUUCUUGCAGGAACCUUUGGAGCAGAAAUAUCCGAACCUCUCCCAUCAGGCUCUGAGCCUCAUGAAGGGUUGUCUGAGGAUGGACCCGUCCGAGCGGCUGACCUGCGAGCAGCUCCUCCAGCACCCGUACUUCGACAGCCUCAGAGAAAAGAGCGAGGGCACCUCUUCCCGAGAGCAGGACCGCUCCGGAAACAAGAGGACGCGUUUACCUCGCAGACACGUGCCCCCCGGGUAUUUGCCACAGCUGACGAGCAGCAGCAUCUUUCCAGCUCUGGACAAUAAGAAAUACUUCAACAACCUGCGCAAGUUCAACUACCACCUCCCGAACAUCUAACCGCUCUGAGAUAAAGCGCUCUGACUUUUUUUUUUUUUUCCUCAGGAAACAAAGCAAAUCCUGGAAACUACUUUCUCUCAAGACGUUCAUGUCUUAUAGUCUAUGCACUAUAUCCCAACGCGUCGACUCGGGACGCGUCGGUUCAUGUAUGUUGCCUAUUUUGUUUUUUGUUUUUUUAAGACUUGGAGCGACCUGCUGCCGCUCUGCUCGUAGUCGCUGAGUAGACUGAAGGUAAAGCGAUGAUGUACUGCCUUGUCUGGUUUGCCAAAUGUAUUUUUUUUAUAUAUAUACACACAUAUAUAUAUAUAUAUAUAUAUAUAUAUAUAUAUAUAUAUAAUGAUGGACUCUGUUAGAGUGACAUGUUAUUUUCUUUGGUAGCAAGAUUAAUGAUCAUUUAUUAAGUUAUGAAUAGGACGAGCAUCUCUGGAGGCGAUAUUUAUUGACGUCAGGACUGAGCGCGGCCGUUCCUUUAACCCCAUCGAGCAUUUAUCCGUUUAUCAGUAGCAGUAGCGUCGUUAUCUCUGGAACUUUGGUGCUAAGGAUGUUUUCAGCCAUCUGUCUGUCCUCAGAUACUUUAUAACAAAAAUAAAAAAAAUAAAUAAAAAAAUACAAAAAAUGCCAAACUGAUCUGGGAAAAAACAUAAAUAAAUGAAAGAUGUAAACGACUCUUAAAGCGCUCGACGUUUUCACAAAUGGCUUUUCUCUGUGUUCACACAUGUGGAGUAACUUUAAUAAACUACAGGAUAUCAACCGA